AUGUCCACGUUCGACCUCGACUCAUACUCCCAAGACACAACCUGUCCUUUUGCUCAAUAUGGCGAUAGAGUUGAACGUCCAUCGUUUGACGACACCUCUGACAGGACCACCACGUCUGCAACGGACUCGUCUUCGACACUGCUCCGGUCGGCCUCGUCUUCGAGCAGCUGCCCUGUGUUUGUGCAGGAGAUCGAUCCGGUGUUGCUGAAGAACUCGCUAGACGAUCGCGUCGCAUACCUCACCGAUUUCGUCAAUUUCACGUCGCGCGAUUCGGACAUCAUUACAUCAAUUGCGCCGCACGUAAAUGCGGCCAUACCAAGCAUGGUGGACGAGCUCUACUCGAAGCUGUUCGAGUUCGACAUCACCAAGAAGGUCUUCAUGACGCGGAAUCACGGAUUCGACGGACCUCUGCCUGAGAAGCUGGAGGACCUGACACUGGAUAGCGCACAGAUUGUCUUCCGAAAGGUCUUCAUGAAAGCGUGGGCUCGGAGGGUUUUGACGGCCGACUACUCGAAAGGCAAGACUUGGGCGUACAUGGACAAGGUCGGCAUUAUGCAUACCGGUGUCUCACCUUUCAAACACCAAAGAGCACUGGGCAUUGCACCCUUGAAUGUUCCCUAUCGUGACUGUGCAUUACUUCUCAGUGUGGUGCAAAACGUCCUGCAGACCGCCAUUCUGCGUCUACCGGAGGAGACAGCAAGUAUGCAGACGAAGAUAGAUGCUGUCUCGGCAAUCAACAAGGUCAUUUGGAUUCAGAACGAUUUGUUCGCCCGGCACUACACGAACGAGUGA